AUGCAUCUAUCAAAGACGAUGAUUAAGGAUUUGAAUUCGCUUCCAAUACGUUAUUUCAAUCAGACUACGGCUUCAACAAAUACGGUUCUUCAAAAUGCAUAUCGGGUAGUCUUUGGGGGAGAGUUUGUGUUUGAUGCAUGGUUUGAAGACUUCUUACUGGGAUUAGGAACGCCUUGCCCAACCUUACUCAACUCCGCCAAGGAUCGUUUCAGCUCGGUUGUAAAGCUAGAGGAUAUCUCAGAAAGCACAUUCCGGCUGCGUUCAUUUGCUUGGGCAAUAUCGGGUGUUCCUCGGCGUAUUCUGGAUUAUCUCAAGCUGGAGUUGAAGACGACGAUGCUCAAUAUGGGCCUGGAGAGGAGCACUCCGCGUCUUUACGACAAGAGUAUCUGCGGCAUGGAACUUGCUCCUUCCGUACUUGCCUGCGCGAAAUGCGCAUUCCUGCUUCUUAUCUUAUUCGACUUCUGA